AUGCCUCCCGGGUCGUCUCUAUUCGUAGAGGACGUUCAAUACGCAGAAUUUAGCUCGCCGGCGCCAGAAUCAAGCAUCGCUGCAAUUGAGCGGCCUCAUUCACAAUGGUCAAAUUUCUCCGCCCCCUUUUCCCCCACAUCAUCCACGUCUACGCGUCGAUCGCAGCCGAAGAAACGUAAACUACGCACUCCAGAAACCUGGAAGCACUUCCGUGUGCCUCAAGGAGACGAAGAGACACACCAGAAUAGCCAGAGACUGUGGUAUUGUCAGCAUUGCCACAAUCCGCCAUGGCGAACAGUCUCGACCACAAGCGCCAAACGACAUAUGCGAAAGGACCACGGUAUUAUCAUUGAUGAUGAAGAAAGGGCAGCCAAGAAGAGACUUCAACAGUCUCUUGAAGUAGCAUUCACACGCGCAGAAGAGAAGAAUCAAGAGAUAGUAUCCCGUGGCGAACAAUCGAUCCUACGGAAUACGAUACAACUUGACGCAUUCUAUGAGGCCCAGAUCCAGCUGAUCACACGCCGCCGUCUCCCACUCAACUGUGUCUCUUGGCCGGAAUACCAAGCACUUCUUUGCGCAAUUAACCCUAGGGCUGAAGAGAUCCUCAUCCAAUCAGGCACUACG